GGAAAUGACACACUCUCUUACUUCCUCUCAUGCUGAAUUCACCUUCUCGUGCUCCGUCUCAGAUCUAACAGCUCCCUGCCCUCAGCGUUGCCCCUCUAACCCCCCUCUGUAUGCUGGGGCCCCUCACAGGGUGAUACAAACCCCUACUGCUCAAGUGUGUGCUCUUCUGCCCAGGAUAACCCUGCCCUCACUCAGAACAUGUGGUCUCUGCUGCUGCUGCUCUGUGUCUCCCAGCUACUGGUCCAAGGUCCACUCCAGACCCAAUGUGCAACAGAACCCACAAGUCCUCCCUUAUGGAGAGAAGAGACUUCUGCAACCUCAGUAUCGAUAACUGGAACUAAUGGAUCAGAGCCAGAGACGCCCGUAGAGGCUAUACCUGCACGAGAGGAGAAUAUAAACUCAUCCCUUGGACCAGAGAAUGUAACGACGGUAACGGCACCACAGGAUACGGCAGCAGGAGGUGUUACAAGCAAAGAGUCAAUACCUGGCGUAACUGAACAUACUAAUGAAGGUGUCACAACACAAAAGCCAAGAACAAUGAGUACUAAACCGACCACUAAAGAUCUGAACGGACAAAAAGGCCAUGAUGAGAGGCUAUUUUAUUACGAUGUAGAUACCCUCAGGCUGUGGGGGCUGGUGUGCGCGCUCAUCCUCUUCCUGCUUGGGAUCCUGAUACUAAUGAGUGAUAAAUGUUCCCGAUGUUCCUGCAGAAGGAGGCAAAGACGGAAAUACAACGUAACAUUCGCGUGAUAGGAUGGUGGAUACGGUUAUUAGAGAGACCUGUCUCAUUCCAAACAGGACUUGAAAGCACAGUUUAUUUUUCCAAAAAAUGUAUCUGUACAAUAAAACUCUUUAUCACAUUUA